AUUUCACGAACAUGAGCUUCCGUCAGCGACACCUCGCUAUUUGUGGUAAUUUAUAGCUAAAGGGCGUAAUGGUUUUGGUUUAAUUACGUAUUUAAAGAUGCACCGAAUGAACUGUGUUUUGAUGUCAUUACUGCUGAUGAUCACCGAUGAGCGUUUGAGAGUUUCAGGAUCGAGUCGCUCCAUAUCUGCAUCUGUGGGUGAAGACGUCACUCUGAACUGCUCUGUAGAUUCUAACAUCACACAUGAAGACUUGAAAGUUUCAUGGAAGAAAACAGAUAAAGAUGGAGAUAUUGUGGUUCUGCUCUACCAAAACAAUGAGGCUUCACCAGAGGCAUCAAUUGAGCGAUACAGAGACAGAGUUGAGUUCUUCACUGAUGAAAUCCACAAAGGAAACUUCUCUCUCAGACUGAAGAGUGUCAGAACUGAGGAUAAAGGAGUUUACAUGUGUGAGGUGUCUGCUGGAGGACUUUCAGCUAAUACAACUGUAGAACUGGAGAGACUGUUUAAAUGUUCUCAUCACACACUUCAACCCGCUACAAUGGAGCAUCUGAAGGUGGAAUGGAGAAGAACAGACUCAGACUUUUUAGUUCAUCUGUAUGUAGAUGGUAAGAGUGGAGCAGAUGAACAACACCAGGAUUAUCGUGAUAGAGCUCAUUUCAUUACUGAGGAGAUUCAACAUGGAAACCUCUCCCUCCGGCUGGACAAUCUGAGAACUGAAGAUGAGGGACGAUACACAUGUACAGUUUACAGACAGAAGAAAUAUGUGUUUUCAGUUAAGAAAAAUGUGGAAAUGUGGCUACUAGACACAUUCCACUGUCUUCAGUUGUGUCUUGUCUUCUUUCCAAAUGUUCUGAUGUUUCUUGCUUUUGUUUUCUGGGGUGUUUCUGAAGCGUUUGUUUCAGGGUCUCUGCUUGAGACGGUCUCUUGUUGUUCUCUUUAUUUUCUGAGGCCUCUCAUGUUGCUCUGGACGGCUCCGUAUGUGAAUGAUUUCACAGGCAAUAUCAAAGCAUGGAUUAAAAAUUACAGUUACGAGGCAGAAUAUGUUUUUUUCUCUGCUGUUUUUUAUUCAGUUCUGUUUAAAUCUGCCUGGGACAAAAGUCUGAAUUAUGCUGGAUUUGAAGGCACCAUUAUUAUCGUCCUCUUUGUGACUGUGAUUCUGUUCAGUCUCUUCUAUUUUAUUUUCUGUGUAGGACCACCUGGUCCGACCAAGGGUGAUGAGCUGUAUAAGAGACCCUCUUCGCAGCGAGGGGAGCAUUUUCAUGUCUUGCCAAGGAGGCCUUGGAAUGAGAUUAAUCUCAGUGUGGCUGCAUAA